AUGACGCUGCGUCAAGUCGCCACAUAUCCGGGCCAACAUCUACGCCUAGAAUCCGAAAUAGCCAAAAUGAUUCAACUAGAGGAGAUGUCUAUAAAUCUAAACGAUCGUUCAAUCAGUGAUCAAUUUUUAAAAGAUCAAAAAAUUGCAAUGGAAGCACAGGACGCGGAGUUUGCACAAAUGUUACAGGAAAAAGAAAGAAUUAAAGCUCGCCGUGCACGUGAACGUGCUAAGCAGAAGAAAUUAAACCGUCAAUAUGGUCGAGAACAAAAAUUUUCCACUGAUGUGAUCGAAUCCCAAAUUCUAAAUAGAUCAAAUUCAGCUAUCAGCGAUGACAAGGAAUUGGUUCAACUUACUCAUGACCUCACUGACGAACUAUCUCCACAUUCAAAUAGUUCUGGAGUGCGAGUUUCUAGUGACUCUAACGAAGAUUUUCAAAAGCUUUUAAAUGUCGCAAUAAAAAUUGACCCCACGUAUUGUAAUGAUAAUGAUAAAAAAUGUUUAACUAAUUCCGGUAAUGAUUUGAGUUCUUCCCGCGUUUUUUCACAUUCGGCUCAGGAGCUUGAAUGCGACAGUGUACCAUGUUAUAUGCCAAUACAAGGUCAACGACGUUCUCAAAUACCAUCUCCACCUAUAUCUCAUGAGGAAAAAAAUAAGCGUAAAGUGAAAGAUGGUUGUAAAAACCAAUAA